UCAGAAAAAUAGUUAUAUUUUUGACAUUUUCGAAAUACGACGUUAAAUGCGUGAAUUAAAUUGGAAAACAUUAAAAACUUACAUCCAAAGUGAUGAGUCUUUAACCUAAACUGCAAGAAAUGUACGUAGAAGAUUUGGUACAUGGGACAGACCAUCAAUCAAGUGCGAAUUUAGAGGAGGAAGGAGACCAGGAGGGCACCCCCCCGAAUGAUGUCUGGCAUUUUUUUGUUCAAGAAAAUAGUACACCGGGUGUUUCAAACUCGACACUCACAAUUCGGAUCUUGGAAAUGGUACGAGAUACAAAGUCGCUUAAAUUUUUCACAGUCAAGUACCAAAUGGGAAGAGAGUUGAGUAAAACGCAUCGUACCCCAAUGGUCGAAUGUUGCUUCAUUUACCAAAAACAGCGACAUAAAGUGAUCCGCCACUGGUCUGGAGAUUCGCACGCAGAUGGCUCGACAUCAUCUACCAAGGAAGCGUCUAGCAGUAUUGCCAAACUGUCAGAAAAUAUCAUAAAACUGUUAUACCUAUAACGAGCUAAUAAAGUACCGCAAUUUUAUUAUUA